UGUGUCUCCGGCAUCUGUUAUCUCGCAAUUCACAAUCAGCAAUGGCUUCGGUUUCUUCCGGUCCUCGAACUGUAGAGGAGAUCUUCAAAGAUUACAGCUCUCGCCGUGCUGGAAUCAUCCGUGCUUUAACUUAUGAUGUGGAUGAAUUCUAUGGCCUUUGCGAUCCAGAGAAGGAAAAUCUGUGCCUAUAUGGGCACACAAAUGAAACUUGGGAAGUAAAUCUUCCAGCUGAGGAAGUUCCACCGGAACUUCCAGAGCCAGCGCUUGGGAUCAAUUUUGCUAGGGAUGGAAUGAAUCGAAGAGAUUGGCUUUCUCUAAUUGCCGUGCAUAGCGAUUGUUGGUUGCUAUCUGUGGCUUUCUACCUUGGGGCCAGGCUGAACCGCAAUGAAAGGAAGCGACUCUUCAGCAUGAUCAACGAGCUGCCAACUGUCUUUGAAGUGGUGACUGAAAGGAAGCCUGUCAAAGACAAGCCUAAUGCUGACAGUGGAAGCAAACCUCGUGGUAGCACAAAAAGAUCUAGCGACGGCCAGGCUAAAAGCAACCCACGGCUUGCAGAUGAGAGUUUCGAAGAGGAUGAAGACGAACACAGUGAGACACUCUGCGGAACCUGCGGUGGAAACUACAACGCGGAUGAGUUCUGGAUCGGGUGUGACAUAUGCGAGCGCUGGUACCACGGGAAAUGCGUGAAGAUAACCCCUGCCAAAGCUGAGAGCAUCAAGCAAUACAAAUGCCCUUCGUGCAUGAAACGAGGCAGGCAGUAGCUGUCUCCGUCGCCACUUCAACUCAAGAGAGACCCAUUCUGUUCAACCUGGUGACUAACAAGGUAUAUUAGUAAUAUCGCAUUUUGACUGUUUGUAGACCGUAACUGUUACUCUCUCCGUCCCAACUAAGUAGAGGCAUUUUCCUUUUUUUGACAAAAAAAACAAAACAUCUAAUCGCUCUUACUAUAUUCCAUCUCCUACUUUACUCUCUCUUUAUCUUUCCUACCUUCAUUCCCCUCUCCUACUUUUCAACACAAUUUCUUAAUCUCGAGCCCAAAAGUUUUGGCUCAACUUAGGUGGGACGGAGGGAGUAUGUACUAUGAAGAAGGCUUGCUUUCUUCUUCCUCCGUUUUAGGUGCUUUGAUUUUAAUGUACUAGUUAUUUUAAUGUAGUAGUAGUGGAUUUUAUAUAUUUUCUCGGAUUUCAUUAUUCCGUGGUUAAUGAGACUGUUAUUCCGUAGUUCA